CACUGUAAGUGACCAGCCUCAUUAGACACAGUGUCCCUUUCAUUAACCAUCUCUCCAGAAGUCAUCAGCAACCAUGGGGUUCGCCGAUAUCUUGGAGAUUGUUGGAAGUCAAGGGAAGUUCCAAGCCAUCCAGAUUUUCCUGAUGACAGUCCCGACAUUAUUCAUUCCCUGCCUAAACCUCCUCCAGAACUUCGUGGCCGCUGUCCCCGACCACCGGUGCCGGGUGCGGCUGGGAGAUGAGGGCUCGUGGUACCUCAAUGUGACGGAGGAGCCACUGAGGGAGGAGUUUCUCCGGGUGUUCCUGCCCCUGGACGAGGAAGGGAGGCCGGACAAGUGCCGCAUGUACACCUCCCCACAGUGGCAUCUCCUGGGCACCAACGAGACACAGGGCAACGGGAGCCAACCUGACACACAGGCGUGCACCGAUGGGUGGGUGUACGACCGGUCCCAGUUCAGGUCGACGAUUGUGACAGAGUGGGACCUCGUGUGCGAGUGGAAGUCUCUGAAGAGACUGGUGCAGUCCACUUACAUGAUGGGACUGAUGAUCGGGGCCAGUGUCAUGGGCAGGAUGGCGGACAAGUAUGGGCGGCGGACAAUAUUGCUUUGGUCGAGCUUCCAGCUGGCUGUCUGUGGGACAUGUGGGAUGUUGUCCCCGUCCUUCACCCUCUUCUGCUUCUGGAGAUUUCUCUGUGGCACGGCGAUGGCAGGCAUCAUAAGUAACACUUACUUCUACACCAUUGAAUGGAUCCCGAAGCGGAUCAACACAGUGGUCAUCACGGCCAUGAAUUACACGUAUUCGCUGGGCAUGAUGCUACUGGCCGGCACAGCCUUCUGGAUCCAAGACUGGCGCCGGCUUCAGUUGGUUGUUUCCAUCCCGUUCAUUGUCAUCUUCCUCUACUCAUGGUGGCUCCCCGAGUCUGCUCGAUGGCUCCUCAUGAACAAGAAGACCAACGCUGCCAUGAAACAGCUGCGCAAGGUGGCAAAACUAAACGGCAAGGAGGCAGAUGGGGAAAAGAUCACCACCGAGGUUCUCAUAUCAACUAUGGAAGAAGACCUGACAAACAGCAAAGAUUCCUACAGCGUGCUUGAUCUAUUCCGGACUCCUGGACUGUGUAAGAUAUCCUGCUGUAUCAUGUUUGUCUGGUUUUCAAUUAGCUUCUCGUACUACGGCUUGGCAAUUGACCUGCAACGGUAUGGGAUGAACAUCUACCUCAUCCAGGUCAUCUUUUCAGCCAUUGACAUCCCCGCAAUUUCCAUCACUUAUAUCCUCAUAAGAUAUGUUGGCCGAUGCUUCACAGAAUGUGUCUCCCUCAUCCUGGCCGGGAGCAUUAUACUCAUAAAUAUCUUCAUCCCCACAGAGAUGCAGACCUUACGCUCUCUACUCACUGCAGUCGGUACGGGCAGCAUCUCGGCAGCGUUCUGCUGUUUGUUCCUCCACACGCCUGAACUCUUUCCAACCGUCAUCAGGCAGACAGGAAUGGGAUUAGCGCUCACAAUGGCACGGGUAGGAGCUAUCAUUUCACCCAUUGUAAGGCUGAUCGAUGACUACAUACCAUUCUUUACAAUGACCCUGUAUGGUGGAAUGGCAAUAAUGUCUGGGACCGUGGCCUUUACCUUGCUGGAGACACGGAACGUUCCUUUACCAGACACCAUUGAGGAAGUGGAACGCAGGGUAAAGAAAAGAGCAAAUAAAAUCAAAAGGUCCAAUAAAGAAGAAAUUCAGCUCCAAGAGGCAUAAAUAUCACUGCAGAAACAGGGUGCUAAACUCACCUCGGGCUUAAUACACCUUUGGAAUUGG